GUCCUGAGUGUCUCCGCAGUGAGCGGCGGUGUUGUGACGGGACGUGGGACGUGGGAGGUUCCCGGGGCCGCCUCCUCGGCCCUCGCCGCCUCUCCCGGGGGGGAACCUUAAAUCCCCGCCCGGCGCCACCCGGGCACUCGAGCUGGCAGCAUGUGGGCGAGCGGCAGCCUCCUGCUGGGGCUCCUGGCCCUGAGCACCCCGCUGCGCGCCGCGCCCGCCGCAGGGGUGCCCGGAGCAGCCUCCGCCGUCCCCGCGACUCGGCCGUGUCCGGAGGACGCCCUGCACCGGGAGGAGCCCGGCCCCGCAGCCGGGGGGCUGCAGCCGGGGGCAGAGCGGGGCAGCGCGGAGCAGCCCCCGCACGGGGCAUGGUUGGGGACCGGAGCUGAGAGUGGAGGGAAGCCCACGCCGGGGAGCAAACCUCUGCUGCGGGAGAAGCCAGAGACCGGGAGGAAACCCGGUGCGGGGAAGAAGCCGGCGUGCGGGGGGAAGGCGGAGGCUGGGGAAAAGCCAAAGACUGAGUCAAAGCCAGGGGCAGGGGGGGGAACGCAGAGCGCGGGGAAAACGGAGAGCAGGGAAAAGCCGGAGGCUGGGGGGAAGCCGGAGGGUGGGGAGACAGCUGUGGUGGCAGAGAAACCAGAGGUGGCAGGGAAACCAGAGGCUGGGGGGAAGCCGGAGAGUGGGGAGAAGCCCGAGGCGGGGGAGAAGCCCGAGUCUGACCACGGAGACAGCGAGGAGGGCGACGACAGCGACGACGACGAUGAUGAUGAUGACGACGAUGAGGAGGAGGAAGAGGAAAAGAAGCAUGAACAUGAGGGUGAGGAUGAUGAUGGCUACGAUGAUGAUGAUGAUGACUACGAUGACGAUGAUGAUGAAGAUGAAGGCGAGGGUGGCAAUCGCUAUAGAGAGGAUGACAGAUACAGUGACGAUGAUGAUGGUGAAGAAUAUGGUGGGGGUGACGGCAGUGACGACGCUUGGUGACCGAUGCUGCAAGGCCAGGAGCACCUGUGCCGGGUGGGCGUGUGGGGCAGCAGCCCCCUGCCCCCUGCCUUCGCCUCUGCCUCGCUCUGCCAGGGCUGGUCCUGGGCACCAGCGUCGCCUUGGGCAGGACCUUCUUGUUCCUAAUAAACCCCCC